CUCUUUCCAGACACACACACAACCUCUCCCCCCCUGAGCACAGCUGGGGGGCUCUCUCAUUCCUGCUUGGGGGGCUGUGUGAUCUCUUCUUGACGGGUCCAUGGAGAAAGUCCAAGGGGAAAACGACAUGGAGCGAUGGGAGAGGCUGGAAGAAAUAACUGAGAGUGAGCGAGGUGUCAUCAAGGAAACCUGGGCACGGGUAUACGCCAACUGUGAGGAUGUUGGAGUCUCUAUACUGAUCAGGUUCUUUGUCAACUUCCCCUCUGCCAAGCAGCACUUCAGUCAGUUUAAGCACAUGGAGGACCCUUUGGAGAUGGAAGGCAGUGUGCAGCUUCGUAAGCAUGGCCGGCGGGUGAUGGGUGCUGUCAACAGUGUGGUGGAAAACCUUGGAGACCCAGAGAAAGUGACUACUGUUCUGUCAAUUGUAGGAAAGAGCCACGCUCUCAAGCACAAAGUGGAGCCUGUCUAUUUUAAGAUUCUGACUGGGGUAAUGCUGGAGGUCUUUGCAGAAGAGUACGCCAAAGAUUUUACCCCUGACGUACAGCUAGUUUGGAACAAACUUCGGAGUCUCAUAUACAGCCACGUACAGUCUGCAUACAAGGAGGUGGGCUGGACACAGUACCCCAGUAAUUCUGUGUGAGCCCUUCCUGAAUAUCUCCCAAUGAAGGCCUAGCUAAGGACUCCUGGCCCUGGCUGCCUCAGACCAAAUUUAUCUGGGGCAGGUUAAGCAAAGAAAGUUUUAGGGUGGGUGGGAUAUACACCUCAUUGCUGCCAGUGGGGUUUACAACAUAUUUGGGGUAUGGGUGGGAAGGGGACAGCAGGGGGUGGAUCAGAAUUAAAGGGCCAAGAAGAGAUAUUUUUUCAUAUGCCAGUAAAUUUCAGGUUUUUGAGCAUAAUGUUAUCCUUAAGCAUUUAAUUCUCCUUAGUAAAAUCCAAGAUAUUAUCAUUACACAAAUGUCUGUGAAAAUGUGACAGUCUUCUUGGGGAAAUAUAAAAAGGGCAGAGAUACUGUAUAUGAAAUAGAUUAUAAUAACCAAUAUAUAAUAUAUCUGGCGUGUUCAGCUAUCUUCCAUCAUCUCUCUUCAAUUUUGUUUUUCUUACAUGCAUGUCCAGUCUGCAGCCGACCGGCCGUUGUUUACAUGCAACUCCCCACAGACCACAACAAUGGUGUUAGAGAUAUACUGUAACAGCUGGAGGGCUGCAUGUUUGACAUCCCUGCUCAAUCAUUCAGGUUUCUGUAUACACACACGCAUAUAUUCACAUAUAUAUAUAUAUUUGUAUAGCUCAGCAAAACCAAAAGCCACGGUUUGGGGGUAGAAAAUAGUAUCUGAAAUGAAAUGGGUUGGUAUGCAGCUGUUUAUGUUGUUAACCUCCUAAUCGCUUGAUGACUCCUGACUGGCCAUCUCUUCUUCUACUACGAGUGACUGUGAUGACAUCAUCUGAGUGACAUCCCUUUGCUGUCACCAGUUUCAGAGGGACCAAAACUGGAAAAUCUUAUUGGGGAAAUAGUAGAUAAAUAGAUAUAAGAAUAGCAGUUCCGCUAAACUUGCACUGUCUGUGCCAAAUGUGUUACACAAAGAAAUGGUUGUCUACAGUCCGUUAAUAGAAUGGACUACCUUCCCCCUGUUCUGGCUUGUACCAAUUUCAUCUUUUGGUAGCUAGAGAGGUUCCUCAAGGUGCCAUAGGAAUUUUUUCUGAGUGAUGUGGAGAGAAUUAAGUUGUGAAUGGAAUGGGAGAAAAAGAAUUUCUGGGACAGACCCAGUUGUAUACAUUUCUGGGCUAUCAGAUGUUGUGUCAUAAUAUGUCAGUCCUUAUAUUACUCCGUUUUACUGUAACCUAGAAAUAAAUAUAUAUAUAUAU